AUGUUGUCUCCUAGGAACUUGGAAGAACCCGGUUACCAGUCUCCUAGAAACUUGAAAGAAACCGGUAAUAUAGAUGUAUUUAUAGCUUACAGGACGUCGGACGCUGAAAAAUUUAUUUCAUGGAAUGCUCGUUGGAUGGAAAGAUCUCAACCUCUUAGACGAACUGGACUUAUACAAGAGGAAUGCCAGAAGCCAGACUUUGGGCGAAAGGGAACGCUGGACGAAGUUACAAAUCGACUACCAAAACUAGUUUUCAGCAUCUCAUUAACGGCUGGGUUACGUUUCAGUCGGAGUUCAGAAGAAACGAAAUUCAUACAUGCGGUCCGUUGUGGACUUGUGGUUCCUGGAACAACUUUUCACAACGAUUCUAAACAAUUUUUUGUGGUUUCUAGACGAUUCUUGGACAAUUCAUUUCUGGAUGAUUCUUGGACGUGGUCAGCUUUUGAACAAUUUUUGGGUGAAACAUCAUGGUUUUUUGGAUGGGAAACAUAG